GCAGAUCAUGAAGGUAUAGAGACUGUUAAGAACAAUUUCUGCCUGAGAGGGAAUCAUCAUAGAGAAAAUGGUGAAGAUUUAUCCUAUUUUGAUAUGUGGUGUGCUGCUUGAAACCUGGCUCUCAUCUGCAGCUUCUGUGUUUCUGCCAAGAGAGCUGGCUGGGUCUCUCUUGAAAAGACAGAAACGCUUUAACACAGGUCGGCUUGAGGAGAUGAUGAAGGAUAACCUGGAGAGGGAAUGUAUUGAAGAACGCUGCAGUCUAGAGGAGGCCAGAGAGGUCUUUGAGCACCUGGAGCAAACCAGGAAAUUCUGGAUCUCUUAUAUCGAUGGAGACCAGUGUCAGUCGUCUCCCUGUCAGAAUGGUGGGAUUUGUAAGGAUGAGAUGAGUACGUACACCUGCUGGUGUCCAGCUGGCUUUAAUGGGAAGAACUGUGAGUUAGAGAUGAGAAAACAGUGUAAUGUAAAUAAUGGAGGAUGCAUGCAUUUCUGCUUUGUGGAUCCAAUCUAUGGAGCAGUGUGUGACUGUGCCGAUGGUUAUCGACUGGCCCUGGACAGCCGGACCUGUGAACCUACAGGGAAAUACCCAUGUGGACGUCUUGGGGACAUUGUUGGAUCUCUUAAAACAAGGUCCCUUACCAGUGCUGAGAAUGGAAAUCUAAAUUUCUCUGUCAGUCAUGCCAAUACAACAGACUAUAACGCAACAGAGAUUAGUCCAACAGAUAACACAACAGAGACUAGUCCUGCAGAUCCUCCUGCAGUGUACAACACUACCACUCCUCGUCCUAUGCUGGAAAACAUUAUCUCUUGGGCUUUCUUUCCUACUCUUCCUACUAUUAAAAAUGCAACAAAAAAUGUACAGCGGAUUGUUGGAGGCAAUGAGGCAACACCAGGGGAGAUUCCUUGGCAGGUGGUGUUAAUGCACAAGUUGAAUAAAAUGGCUUUUUGUGGAGGAUCUAUUCUGAAUGAGGAUUGGGUCAUUACAGCUGCACACUGUAUUGAAGAAAGGAUUGGAACUUUCUUCAUUAGAGCAGGGGAACAUGACAUUACAAAGAAGGAGGGAAAAGAGAGUGACUAUGACAUAGCCGAAUACCACAUUCAUCCACAUUACAACACUAAAAAAGGUCUCUUCAAUCACGACAUCGCCCUGUUGAAGCUCCAGUCACCCAUCCAAUUCUCAGACUACGCUCUGCCCAUCUGCCUGGGCUCUAAAGACUUCACAGAGAAGCUGCUCAGCAGCGCCCCUAAUUCCUUGGUGAGCGGUUGGGGAAGUCUGCGCUAUGGAGGUAUCGAAUCCAACACCCUUCAGAAAGUGGAAGUGCCCUACGUGGACCGGACAGAGUGCAAAACUAGCAGCACUGACAAAAUCACCCGCUUUAUGUUCUGUGCUGGUUACACUACAGCACACAAGGACUCCUGUCAAGGGGACAGCGGAGGACCCCAUGCCACCCACUAUCAGAACACAUGGUUCCUCACGGGCAUCGUUAGCUGGGGGGAUGAGUGUGCCAAGGAUGGAAAGUAUGGCAUCUAUACCCGUGUCUCCAGAUACAUGUACUGGAUAAGUAAAAUCACUGGCAUCAGAAUAGGACAUAUGUCCAAUAAUGAUAAAGAGAGCAUGGUGCAAACAUUAUAAAUAAAGCAACAAAAUUAUAAAAUUUAGAAAAAUCCAGUGCAGAAUUAGUUUUGAUUAUCAAUAUACAAUGAAUGCUCAUAGAUUGAUGUUUUAAUUGUUUUUUCAAUGAAUUAGAGUUCACAGGCAUUUCUGUACAGAUCACUGAUUUUACUAAUCAUCAUUCAACACAAAUGUAACAACCAAGAGAAAAAAUGUACACUUUGUGCUUGUACUGUACAUCUAGUGAAGUUAUUUUCAUACAUGAUUUACCACAAAUCAA